AUGGCCCCACCCGGAGAGCACUAUUCCUUGGAUGACUUUGUGAAGUUGGACAAGAUUGGUGAAGGUACAUAUGGAGUGGUGUACAAAGGAAAACACAAGAAAACCAAUAAACUUGUUGCUAUGAAGAAAAUCCGUCUCGAAGGCGAGGACGAGGGCGUCCCUUCGACUGCCAUUCGUGAAAUAUCGCUGCUGAAGGAACUCACACAUCCGAAUGUGGUCGCAUUGGAAGAUGUCAUUAUGCAGGAGAAUCGCCUUUAUCUGAUAUUCGAGUUCCUUUCGAUGGAUCUUAAGAGAUAUUUGGAUCAGUUGCCCGCUGACAAGCGGCUUCCUCCUGCCGAAUGUAAAAGCUACAUGUUUCAGGUACGU